CGAUAAAACAGCUGUUACUAAAAUAUCAUUUUGUCAUUUAUAAGCAUUUGUAAACAACAUAGAAUUUAUUAAUUUUGGAAACAAGCGCAUUUUGCCGACAACGUUAAAUAACAACAAAAUUAAGUAUUCUGCACUAAGUACAUCAUGACUAUACAUCAUUUGUACAUUUUUGAUAAAUUCGGCACUAUGCUGUACUAUGCAGAGUGGAAUCGGACGAAAAAGUCUGGUGUUAGCAGAGAGGAGGAAGCAAAACUAACUUAUGGUAUGCUUUUUUCAAUUAAAUCUUUUGUUAGUAAAAUAUCGCCGCAUGACCCGAAGGAGGGCUUUCUGUACUACAAAACGAACAGAUAUGCUCUUCAUUACCUUGAAACGCCUUCCGGUCUUAAGUUUGUAUUGUAUACUGAUACAGCUGCACUUAAUGUAAAAGAGCUUUUAAAACAACUAUAUAGCAAAGUGUGGGUCGAGUAUGUUGUCCGCGACCCCCUUUGGUCACCAGGCACUCCUGUAACAUCAGAACUGUUUCAAACCAAAUUAGAUGAUUUUAUAAAGCAGUCAUCACUCUAUGGAAUUCGUAAUAUAUGAGUUAAAGUACACCUUAAGCAUGCAUUUAUAUAAUAAGUCCUUGCAAAAAGUUAACGCCUUUGGAUAAAUAAUAUUUUGUUAUUUAUAUGCGUUUAAAAUUAAAAACACACUUGGUUUAUAUGUUUACGUAAUUGAGGAGUUACAAAGUUUAUUAGAAUAAAAUUAUUUAUGUAGAAAUAAGCUGAAUUAAAUAACGGUUUUAAAGUGACAGGUGGAGCUGCUUUGGACCAUAAGCACCGCGUUAUAGUGGUCGAUUUGCGCGUGGCCCUUAACCCUAUACGUAAAGGCAUUUAAUGUAGACUAGCACUUCCGCGACAUUUUUGUUCCAAAUUUCGAAUAGAUUAACUGUAACAACAGCUACAUAGGAGAGAGAGAGGUUGCAUUCCAAAAC